GAGGACAGCAGCGGAGCAGCUGAGGCUGCGGAGGGGUUAAUAACGGUCGGCUCCGCCUCUUUCCUUGCCCCGCCCCACUGUGGCCUCCACCGCCCGGGGUGUACCCUUGACCCCGCCCCAGUCCGUGCGUCCACCGGAAGUGCCUGCGCGAAGGCAGCUCACUUCCGCCCGGCAGGUGACAGCCGCUGGGCUCCGAGCUGCCGGCAGCACGGACGCACGGGGAGAGCGGGAGGAAGAGGCCGGGGACAUUUUGCUACCAAAUCGAACAGAGCCGUGACGUCGGGAGCCGUCGGACUGCGGAGUCUGGCCACAGAUAAGGGAUCAAAAUGACUGACUCAAAAUAUUUCACCACAACCAAGAAAGGGGAGAUCUUCGAACUGAAGGCAGAGCUCAACAGUGACAAGAAGGAGAAGAAGAAGGAGGCAGUGAAGAAAGUGAUCGCAUCAAUGACUGUGGGCAAAGAUGUCAGUGCCCUCUUCCCUGAUGUGGUGAACUGUAUGCAGACGGACAACUUGGAACUGAAGAAACUGGUGUAUCUAUACUUGAUGAAUUAUGCCAAGAGUCAGCCUGACAUGGCCAUUAUGGCUGUCAACACCUUUGUGAAGGACUGUGAGGACCCCAAUCCCCUCAUCCGAGCCCUGGCUGUGCGGACCAUGGGCUGCAUCCGCGUUGACAAGAUCACAGAGUACCUGUGUGAGCCACUCCGGAAGUGCCUAAAAGAUGAGGAUCCAUAUGUGCGUAAGACGGCAGCUGUGUGUGUGGCCAAGCUCCACGACAUCAAUGCUCAGCUGGUAGAGGACCAGGGCUUCCUGGACACCCUUAAGGACCUCAUCUCCGACUCUAACCCCAUGGUGGUAGCAAACGCAGUGGCUGCCCUCUCAGAGAUCGCUGAGUCUCACCCCAGCAGCAACCUGCUCGACCUGAACCCACAGUCCAUUAACAAGCUGCUGACAGCCCUGAACGAGUGCACCGAGUGGGGCCAGAUCUUCAUCCUGGACUGCUUGGCCAACUACACGCCCAAGGAUGAUCGUGAGGCCCAGAGCAUCUGUGAGCGGGUCACCCCCAGGCUGUCCCAUGCCAAUUCUGCUGUGGUGCUCUCUGCUGUGAAGGUGCUGAUGAAGUUCAUGGAGAUGUUGUCUAAGGACCUGGACUAUUACGGCACACUGCUCAAGAAGCUGGCCCCACCCCUGGUCACACUCCUGUCGGCAGAACCAGAGCUGCAGUACGUGGCCCUGCGCAACAUCAACCUCAUUGUGCAGAAAAGGCCUGAGAUCCUGAAGCACGAGAUGAAGGUCUUCUUUGUGAAAUACAAUGACCCUAUCUAUGUGAAGCUGGAGAAGCUGGACAUCAUGAUCCGCCUGGCCUCCCAGGCCAACAUCGCCCAGGUAUUGGCAGAGCUAAAAGAGUAUGCAACAGAAGUGGAUGUGGACUUUGUGCGGAAGGCUGUGCGUGCCAUUGGCCGUUGUGCCAUUAAGGUGGAGCAAUCUGCAGAGCGCUGUGUGAGCACGCUGCUUGAUCUCAUUCAGACCAAGGUCAACUAUGUGGUCCAGGAAGCCAUCGUGGUCAUUAAGGACAUCUUUCGCAAGUACCCCAACAAGUAUGAGAGUGUGAUCGCCACGCUCUGCGAGAACCUGGACUCCCUGGAUGAGCCGGAGGCGCGGGCUGCCAUGAUCUGGAUUGUGGGAGAGUAUGCUGAGCGGAUUGACAAUGCAGACGAGCUGCUAGAGAGCUUCCUUGAGGGUUUCCACGACGAGAGCACCCAGGUCCAGCUACAGUUACUGACAGCCAUCGUGAAACUCUUUCUGAAGAAGCCAACAGAGACCCAGGAGCUGGUGCAGCAAGUCCUCAGUUUGGCUACGCAGGACUCAGAUAACCCGGACCUGCGCGACCGUGGCUACAUCUACUGGCGCCUGCUCUCCACAGACCCAGUGGCAGCCAAAGAAGUGGUGUUGGCUGAGAAGCCACUCAUCUCGGAAGAGACGGACCUCAUUGAGCCCACGUUGCUGGACGAGCUUAUCUGCUACAUUGGCACACUGGCCUCCGUCUACCAUAAGCCACCCAGUGCCUUUGUGGAGGGGGGCCGAGGCGUUGUGCACAAGAGCCUGCCACCCCGCACUGCCUCGAGUGAGAGCACCGAGAGCCCUGAGACAGCCCCUGCUGGAGCACCCCCUGGUGAGCAGCCAGAUGUCAUCCCCGCCCAGGGUGACCUGCUGGGUGACCUCCUCAACCUGGACCUCGGCCCCCCAGUGAGUGGCCCACCCCUGGCCACCUCCUCAGUGCAAAUGGGAGCUGUGGACCUUCUUGGCGGUGGCCUUGACAGCCUGAUGGGGGAUGAGCCUGAAGGGAUUGGGGGCACCAACUUCGUUGCACCCCCAGCAGUAGCAGUAGCAGCCAACCUAGGAGCACCCAUCGGCAGUGGCCUGAGUGACCUGUUUGACCUGACCAGUGGCGUGGGCACCCUAUCAGGAUCGUAUGUGGCCCCCAAAGCAGUCUGGCUCCCAGCCAUGAAGGCCAAGGGACUAGAGAUCUCGGGCACCUUCACCCGCCAGGUGGGCUCCAUCUCCAUGGACCUGCAGCUGACCAACAAGGCCCUGCAGGUCAUGACCGACUUUGCCAUCCAGUUCAACCGCAAUAGCUUUGGCCUGGCCCCCGCCGCCCCCCUCCAGGUCCACGCACCACUCAGCCCCAACCAGACUGUGGAGAUCUCCCUGCCUCUCAACACGGUGGGCUCGGUCAUGAAAAUGGAGCCUCUGAACAAUCUCCAGGUGGCUGUGAAGAACAAUAUUGAUGUCUUCUACUUCAGUACCUUGUACCCACUGCACAUCCUCUUUGUGGAGGAUGGGAAGAUGGACCGGCAGAUGUUCCUGGCCACGUGGAAAGAUAUUCCCAAUGAGAAUGAAACCCAGUUCCAGAUCAGAGACUGCCCCCUCAAUGCGGAAGCUGUGAGCAGCAAGCUGCAGAGCAGCAACAUCUUCACCAUUGCCAAGAGGAAUGUGGAGGGCCAGGACAUGCUCUACCAGUCCCUGAAACUGACCAACGGCAUCUGGGUGCUGGCAGAGCUGCGGAUCCAGCCAGGCAACCCCAACUUCACGGAGUUGGAGCUGUCCCUGAAGUGUCGUGCACCAGAGGUGUCCCAGCACGUGUACCAGGCCUACGAGACCAUCCUCAAGAACUGAGGCCCUGUCCAGCGCCCACCCCAGCCUUCUGCCAGCCCCAAUAAGGAGCCCCCUGGGGGUGGCAGCACCCUCUCCUCUCGAGAAGGACUGAGCAGGGCUCCUGGCUGCCAGGGGGCUCCUGGUCCUGAUGGUAGCCCCCAUGUGGGUGCUCAGGGCAGGGCAGCACCCCCUUCUGGGGGGAGAGCUCAGUGCACUCCUGUGCUCCAGGAAGCCCCUCUUCCAUUGCUGCGGACUUGUGGGGUCAGGUGAGGAGGGGACCAAAGGAAACAGUCAAAGCAGUCAGGGAGACCCCAGGGUUUUCCACUUCUUUUCUCUGUGCCUGAAGAGGAGUGUGGAGCUUGCUCCUCAGAAUUCCAGCUCGCAGACCCCAGCCCCUCCAUCUGUCUUGGACUGGUAUCAGAGGCUUCCCCACUGCCACCCCGUGUGGGAUGGGCCCUGCCAGUGGGGAGGGUCCUUUUGGUACCAGGAGGGUUGCUGUUAGGGUCUGGGGCUCAGGGGCUACAGGUGCCCACAGAGGAGCCCAGGGCCUGCACCACCCACCCGGAUCAUCCACCAGGCUGGUGCCCUGCAGCCAUGCCAGUAAGGCUGCAGCCCCUCGAGCACUGACUCGCAUGACUGAGGCCAGGCAGAAGCCCCCAGAACUCUGUCCCAGGCUCCUGCUUCCCUGGCAGCUGCAUCACCUUGCUUCUGCCCCUGAGGAAGGUCGCUGCUUUAGGGGGCUGUGGGCAAGUGGGUGUGCUUCCUGAUAGGCUGAUAGGGUUUUGGUGGGGUUUCUCCAUAGUGUGUGCUGCCCUCUUCCUGGCCUCCCAAGUUUCCAUUGUGUCUGAUAGAGCAUUAGGUUUUCCUGUUACUGCGUUGAAUAAUAAAGAAGGAUUCUGCUUUGGCAA